UCACAGUCCUUUCCAUUCCUGCUUUUUAUGUUAAUGACAUUCUAAUGGCCAGCUGUAUGCGUUAGUAGUAAGAGCAUGCGCAGUGCGAGGAAAGAAUACGGUGAAGAUUCAAAGUUUUUGUUCAGUUUUCCGUCACAUCACUGAACAACAAAUAGACUAUGUUCGGCUUCCACAAGUCAAAGAUAUACCGGAGUAACGACGGCUGUUGCAUCUGCAAGACCAAGUCCUCCAGCUCACGCUUCACAGACAGCAGUCGAUAUGAGGAGACGUUCAGGCUGUGUUUUGGGCUGUCAGAGGACCGUGUUGGAGACAUCUGUAAUGCCUGUGUGUUGCUAGUUAAGAGGUGGAAGAAGCUUCCAAAUGGCUCCAAGAAAAACUGGAACCAUGUGGUUGAUGCCAGAGCUGGACCCGGCUUCAAGAUGACAAAACCCAAAAAGAUGAAGAACAGCGAUGGGAAGAAGAAAAGCAAGCUCAGGAAGCUUCACAAGUUAAAGAGACAAACAGACUCAGAUGCCCACAGUACAACCUCCAGCGUGUCCCCUGCUCAGUCCCCCAGUCACAGCAACCAGUCAGAUGACGGCUCAGACAUUGAGUCAAAACAAAGACGCACGACUCCCACGAGCUUCUCCUUUUUGGACCGGUCAUACUGGAAAAGGCAGAAAGUGUGCUGUGGGAUCGUCUACAAAGGACGGUUUGGAGAGGUGAUCAUUGAUCCGCGACUCUUCAAGCCCUGCUGCAGUACCAAAAAACAGAAGACACUGGUGUCCACGCAAAUGACCACACACCUUCCAGACACACUUCCACCGCAGCUCCCAGAAGCAAUGAAAGAAAUCUGGUGAAUGCUUUUUAUAGAAUCCCCCUGUCGGGCUAUCCAUGGCAUCCACAUAGAUUCGUCUCCAGUGGCAGACCUCCCCAUUCCUAAUCCCCCCCCAGCUGUACCAGUUAGAUGUUUGCUUUGUAAAGAUUCCUUUUCAUAUGGGUAUUUUUUAACUUUUGUAUAGAUUUGAAUUCUUUUUUUAUAAAAAGAAAAAUAGAAAAAAAAAAUGAUGGGCAUUAGUGUUAUUUAUAGAAUGAGGAAUUUUGUUGACACUCUGUUUAUGCUUCCGAACCUUUUUUCCUUAUUUUGUAAUAAGUGAUCAAUGUUUUGUAAAUAUUUUUGUCACCUUUUUAUACAUAUCAGGACUGUUCUAUUUUUUUAUUAUUAUUAACCGUCUAAUUGUAAGUGUGCAUAUGGAAGAAACCAGCUAUUUCUAAUACCAGCUUUUGUGUGUGUAUGUUGGUGUGUUGGAGUGGUUCUACUACAUGCCACUUGCUAUGCUGUCUUAUCUGUUUGCUUCAUAUGUGCACAUUUUCAAGUCUGUAGGAUUUUUUUUUUUUGGAAACACAAAUAGCAUUUGGUUGCUCCAGCGAUCAUUAGUAGAACAGUUUUCUAUGAAUUAAUGAGCUUUUAUUGUGUGUCUGGAUAAGAACGCAUAAUCUGUCUGACAUUUUCACAGCUUAAGCAUGCCUCAAGUUUGAAACACUGCAUGCAUGCAGUACAUUCCUCUGCUAUGUGAAAGGACAAAGGCGAUUUAUUUAUUUCUUCUUUUUUUUUUUUUACAGCAUCCAAUGAAAUAAUGCAUGUUGUAAAGCAAAUGUUUUUAAAAUGUCUUUUUGUAAAUACACAAUGUUAUGGCAUGUGGUACAUCCAAACCUUUUGAAAUUACACAACAGCAAACCACUACUUUUGGUAGAGCAAAUGUUUUGUGUGUCUGAAAGGUGCUAAAAAACAUUUACGUUUAGGAGAAGCCAGUAAUACUAUAGCACAUUUUCACAUUGUAUGUUUCUCCACAGGCAUGCAAAAGCGCUAGUCUGUUCAGAAACAUGUGUAAACUGCAGGGAUAGCUACGUUGCAGCAUCUUGAUCUGUUUGAUAAUUGCAUGCAAUGGUCAGAAGCUGAACAUUCAAAUAACUCGUGACGUGUUUUAGUUAUAAUGUAUGUUAGAAAAAAUGUUUGUGACUGCCAGUGCUGUGAUUUAUCCUGAAAAACUGUCAAAGUUCAAACUAUGCAGACAUUUUGAAUGUGAGAAGUGCUCUGGAGCAAUCAUUUUUGCCAAUAUAGUGCUAAGUGAUUGAUCCUUGUUCAACCAAAUUGGCUUGUUAAAAGCAUCCACUAUUUCAGCAAUAAUUUUCCAUUAUCCUGAUCAUAAUUCAUCUUCGUCUCCAGGUGUUUCUUAUAUGUGUCAUGUUGAAAGAAUACUUAGAUUGCACAGUUUAAGCCAUGCUGCAUGGUGUCUCUCAAAGUAACACUGCAGUGACAACGGUUUUGUUUCUCUUUAAGUUUUUUUGCUGUAAUGAUUCUCAAACUUAAUUAAUUGACAGGCGUUACUCUGUAAAGUUGCUUAAUAUAUAAAGUUGUCUGCGGCAGGGUA